AUGGCUUCUUCUGUUCAUUUCAAAUUCAAGUCUCAGAAAGAACCCUCAAGGGUAUCAUUUGAUGGUACUGGUAUCUCUGUGUUUGAACUAAAAAGAGAGAUUAUCAGUCAGAGUCGAUUAGGUGAUGGCUCUGAUUUUGAUCUAGCUAUUUAUAACGAGGAUACUAGCGAAGAGUAUGCUGAUGAUACCGCUAUAAUACCCCGGUCGACUUCCAUUAUCGCUCGACGGCUCCCAGCGUCAAGACCUGGAAAAGGUACUGCUGCUCGUUAUAUUUCUGGUGGAAUGCCUGUAACUGCGCGCACGGCUUCGCGGAUUGAUACGAAUACUGCUAGUCGACCCGGAAGUGGCGGUAGCAAUAUAAAGCCUGAUAUUACCGUUGCCCAGUCGGAGGAUGAAAAGAUUAAAGCCGUUCUUAAUCUUCAAGAAUCUCAAUGGCGAGAACAGCAGGAAGAUAUGGCAACUGCAACUCCAGUCCCUUUUAACCGAAACCGUGGACUCCUUAAUCCGGUUCCUGAGCACCCCCCUCCUCCAGGCUACCUAUGUUAUCGUUGUCGAGAGAAAGGUCAUUGGAUUCAAGCAUGUCCCACUAAUAACGAUCCAAAGUUUGACGGCCGUUACCGUGUGAAACGUUCUACUGGCAUACCACGCUCAUUUCAAAAGCAAGUAGAUAAACCGGACUCUCGUGUACUGGACGGUUCCGAUGACGACCCAAAACUCUCCGGGGUCAUGGUCAACGCGGACGGGGAUUUUGUUAUUGCUGAACCGGAUAAAGCAUCGUGGGAGUUAUAUCAGGAAAAAGCUAGUGCUGCGGCAGCUGCUGCAGCAGAGAUUGCAGCGGUUGAGAAUGGCAGGCACCUCCGAUCUCGUAAUCUUCUUUGUCCAAUCGACAAGCGUAUGUUCCUCGCGCCAACUAAGACUCCAUGCUGCAAGACAACCUACUGCAACGACUGUAUCACAAACGCUUUGAUUGAGAGCGACUUUGUUUGCCCGGAAUGCAACACUGAAAGUGUAUUGCUCGACAAUCUAUCAAUUGACGAGGAUGCCAUCGCAAGAAUCAAGGAUUAUGAACUAGAGAGCACGGGGAACAUGAAAGAAGAAGCACGCACGACACCCAUCGACUCAAAAGUCGAUUCAAACAGAGCGCCAAAUGACUCGUCAGACCACAUAAAACUAGGAAAUCCGCAAAAGCGUCCAGCAAAAGAUGAAGAGGUACCGAAUGACGACUCAUAUUCUACGAAUGCACCGAGAACGAAAAGACAGAAAUCCGAGGACCAUGCGUAUAUCGCACAAAAUUCCAGUAAUCCAUCCAACAACGCUUUUCCAAUCUCAUCCUUCAACCAACCAUUCACAACUUUUGACUACGCAGCGACAGGAGAUCAAUUGCAAACCGCUCCUUUAGCCGGUCCUGAUUUUGCGGCAUUUAACCCUUAUUCCAGCGCAGGAACUCUGUGGAACCAACCGCUAGCACAUGCCGGAUUUUAUUCCGCCAAUAUGACCCAACCGAUGGUUCCGAUGGGGUUUCAUGGAACAUCUAAUAACAUGCUUCCCGGCCAAACUAGCUCUGCUAGUUUUAUCCCUAACCAACUAUUUCCACCGUUCUCGGUUCACCAACCUCAGGGAACGGCAAGGUUUUCUAACCAGCAACGAACAACAUUCAGUGAGCCAUUUGCUAAAGAAGAGGACAAUGCCUAUUUUCGACAACCCGUCAACCCCCAUCGACAUCAAGCAAAACAAAAGAGGUUGAGACCGAGCGAUUAUAGAGAGCUCUAA